ACACCCAACAGAACUUAGAAUUCUGAUAACUAGGCACCCAUAUUCUAGAGACAGCCCCAUUUCCAGCUCACUUGGUAGGCGACGCUCGAGAGAACAUGUUCUCCUGCUGUAUCCUGACAUGUUGCCGACCUCCUCAUCGCAGAAGAGGCCAACAUGAAAGUCUUUCCCGAGAAUACAGACAUUGGUUCAACUCUAACCCUCGACGCCUCUGGCCCUUUGCCAGAAGGCACCCACAGUAUGAAAAUGAGAUCUGCAAGAUGAGAACUCUCCAGCCCAGCACAUGGGAGAAGCUGUUGGAGUCCCUGGUUCCAGCCUUUCUAACUAAACCCAUCUCCCCCUAUGCCACCUGCCUGGGCCCCUCCUGGGAGUUUAUCACUGUGCCACACUUUUUGGAACUACUAGUUAGAAGAACCAUCAGCUCCACUUUGUUCACCUGGCCCCGUGAAAACACUUCAGUUUGCUAUCAGCCCCCGCAACGAUCAUCUUUCUGGAUAAAGCUGGCCUUCAGGAACUUCACCUGGCCUGGACUGGGCUUGGAGGACCAUCAGGAAAUUGUCCUAGGCCAGUUGGUGCUUCCGGAGCUCAACAAGGCCAAGCCAGAUGAUCCUGCUCCACCUCUUGGGCAACACACAUUAACAAUGCUGGCCCUGGAGCCAGCACCACCACUGCUGGUGGACCUGGAGCCUGCUCUGGAGACAGAGUCAUGUGCAGCCCUGGGUGCGCCAGGGUAUCUACAUUCAGCACCAGGGCCAGCACCAGCACCAGGGGAAGGGCCGCCACCAGGGACAGUGCUGGAGCCACAGUCAGCUCCAGAGUCCCCCUGUCCCUGUCCCAGGACUGUAAAGAACCAAACCAGUGAGGAGCUGCCUGACAUGACGACCUUCCCUCCCAGGCUGCUGGCAGAGCAGCUGACCCUCAUGGAUGCGGAGCUGUUCAAGAAGGUGGUGCUCUACGAAUGCUUGGGCUCCACCUGGGGCCGACGACAUAAGAAGGGGAAUGAGCACGUGGCACCCACAGUUCGUGCCACCAUCGCACACUUCAACAGGCUCACCAACUGUGUCACCACCUCCUGCCUCGGGAACCACUGCAUGAGGGCCCGGGACAGGGCCAGGGUGGUGGAGCACUGGAUCAAGGUGGCCAGAGAGUGCCUAAGCCUCAACAACUUCUCCUCGGUGCAUGCCAUCGUCUCUGCUCUGCACAGCAACCCAAUACAUCGGCUACACAAGACGUGGGCAGGAGUGUCCAGCAAAAGCACAAAAUAUCUAAAAGAACUCUGCAAAAAAGACACUGCAGUGAAGAGGGACCUGCUGAUCAAGGCGGGGAGCUUUAAGGUGGCCACCCAGGAGAGGAACCCCCAGAGAGCCCAGAUGAGGCUGCAGAGGCAGAAGAAGGUGAGUGAGCCUGUGGUAUGGACGGGCCGCAGGGGAUCAGAGGACAGGGCUCCUUUCCCUGCCAGCUGGAGGCCUCCUUAUCAAGACAGCGGGGGCUUCCUCCCCAGCCCUGUCCUCCUGUGGCCACUGGGCCUGGAAAACCUCCAUUUGAGAGACCAGAGCAAGAGUAUGAGAAAGCUGGACUCAAGAGUGUCUGUGGGGAAGGGUAAGGCUGGGACCACAGGCCCUUGUGACUUGUUAAAAUCCCACCAUAGAGGUAACUAG